AUGCCUUUCUUCAAGAAGUCCAACAAGAACAAGACCACCUCGGCUGCUACCACGCCUGCACAAACUCCUCGUACUUCGGUUCAGCUCAAUGCUUCUGAUAUCUCCGCGGUUGUCGACAAGGCAAAUGCCCAUCUCCUCUCCCCCAAUACCGGCUUGGAAAUGCUCUCUCAGAAGGGUUGUAUGGGUCAUAUGCAAGCUUUGGCUAUGGCAAGAAUUUUGACACUUUCCAAUAUGUUGAGGCUUAUUUUAGGAACGUUCAACGUCAAAGUAGUCUCCAACAACGGGUAGGGAGGCAGCUUAGUUCAUUAUAUAUUCAAUUACACAGCCUUCUCCCGCAUUAUCAAGAAUAAUCCUCACUCUUGUUGAUAUGGCUAUAUUUCCUUAUUCAAUCGCCAAUUCCCUAAGAUUUCGAAAGGUGUCACGGCAGCGCCACGAUGGAUCAUACUAGUCAUUAACCAGACCUCUAUGACGACUCCAUGUUAAUGUCACGGAUGUCAUGGCACCACAUACUAUUACCCCUACGGCCGCUAGCGCGAGACAGUUUUCUGAACUUGCCUGAAACAAAAAAAAAAGUGACAUUUUGUGUGCCUAUGCGUAGCAAAGCAACUUGUAUUUCUGAGGUUGGUGGCUGUGCUCCAAAGAACUAAAUCGUGGCUUUUUUUUAUUUUAUUUUUUACGCCUGUAUAUUCUUCAUGUGAAAGCUUAC